AUGGCUGAGAACGUCGUCUCUUUUCUUUUGCAAAGGCUCGGUGAUUUGCUCAGAGAAGAAGCCAACUUCUUGAUCCAGGUCCCCAACCAAGUUAAGCUGUUGCAGCAAGAGCUACAGAUUAUGCGCAGCUUCCUACGAGAUGCAGAUUCAAGACAAGAAAAAGAAGCAGCUGUACGAGAGUUCGUUGCACAAAUCAGAGAUGCUGCUUAUGACGCUGAAGAUGUCAUCGACAAAUUUGCCCACAAAAUAGAAUCCGAACGCAACCAAAAGUAA